AAAUUAUUAUUAUUAUUAUUAUUAUUUUUUAUUUUUUUGGCAGAAAUAUAAGAUGGGUGAUCAAAACCCCCCACCAAACCUUCAAGUUCAAGCUAUGAUGGAUGAAAUGCGACGUUUGAUGACAAAUGAAUUUAACCAAGUACAUGAAAGAAUGGACCGAAUGGAGGCACAAGUACAAAGAACUCGAUCUCGAGCAUCAUCACAGGUUUCUAACGGGGAAGAGGAGGAUGAUGGUUGGGAACCUGAAAGGCGACCAAAUAGAAGGAGGUCACGAAGAGAUGACAAUUUAAGUUCUAUUAAAAUGAAAGUUCCUUCUUUCAAAGGCAAGUCAGACCCGGACGCGUACAUUGAAUGGGAGACAAAAAUGGAGUUCAUAUUUGAUUGUCAUGAAUAUUCCAACCGUAAGAAGGUAAAACUAGCCGUAGUUGAGUUUUCUGAUUAUGCACUAACAUGGUGGGAUCAACUUCUAAUCACUAGACGGAGAAAUGGAGAAAGGCCUAUUGAGACAUGGGAUGAAAUGAAGAGUGUCAUGCGAAGACGGUUUGUGCCAAGUCAUUACUUUCGUGAUCUCCACAAUAAACUUCAAAGCUUAAAACAAGGCAGCAAGUGUGUUGAUGAUUACUUCAAAGAAAUGGAGGUUAUGAUGGUUCGUGCCAAUAUUGAGGAGGAUCCUGAGGCAACCAUGGCCAGAUUCUUAAAUGGCUUAAAUCUUGAAAUUCGUGAUCGCGUUGAGAUGCAACAUUAUGUUGAAAUUGAAGACAUGGUCCAUAUGGCUGUUAAAAUUGAGAAACAAUUAAAAAGAGGUGGCGGGUCUCGAAAUAACACUUGGAAGGCUAGUACUUCAAAAAAAUCAGAAAAUACACAUACUUCUUCUUCUAAUUCCAAAUCUGAUCCUAAAACAACAAACUCUUCAAAAGGAAAAACUGAUUCUUCUACUUUUAGGAAUCGUGACAUAAAGUGUUUCAAGUGUCAAGGAAGGGGUCAUAUUGCAAGUCAAUGUCCAAAUAAGCUUACCAUGGUGGUUAGAGAAAAUGGCGAGAUCGAAACGGAUGAAUCAGAUUCUAUAGUUUCAACGGAAGAUUGUAGUUAUGAUGAAGAGGUGGCUGUUCAAGGUGAUUUGUUGGUUGCAAGACGAGCUCUAAACAUUCAAUCCAAGGAGGGAGACGAUGCCCAAAGGGAGAAUAUAUUUCAUACUCGUUGCUAUGUUCAAGGCAAGGUAUGUAGUGUUAUAAUUGAUGGUGGGAGUUGUACUAACGUUGCAAGUACUUCCAUGGUUGAAAAGUUAGGUAUACCCACGAUGAAGCAUCAAAAACCAUACAAACUUCAAUGGCUCAAUGAUAGUGGUGAGGUGCGAGUUACAAAACAGGUGAUGGUUUCAUUUCGGAUUGGAAGAUAUGAAGACGAGGUGUUGUGUGAUGUUGUUCCUAUGCAAGCCACUCACUUGCUGCUAGGUAGACCAUGGCAAUAUGAUAGACACGUAAGUCACGACGGUUUCACUAACAAAUACACUUUUGUUUACAAAACAAAACCGGUAACUCUUGUACCAAUGUCACCAAUUCAAGUUUACCAAGAUCAAGUAAAACUUCAACAAGAUGCGAAAAAAGAGAACGAAGGAAAAAAAGAGAGUGAGAAAAAAAAAGAUGAUGAACAAAAAAAAAUGAGUGAGAAAACAGAAGAAAAUGAACAAAAAAAAGAAAGUGAACAAAAAAAAGAGAGUGAAAAAAACAAAGAAAACAUGAAAAAAAGAGGGAAAGAAAAAAAGGAAAAUAAAUAUAUUGCACUGGCAAAAAAAAGUGAGAUAAAAGAAGCUUUUAAAUCAGAAAUGCAUAUUGUGCUUCUUUUGUUCAAAGAAGCUCCAAUAGCCACUAACACUUCGGCCGGAACUCUUCCGAGCGAUGUUACCUCUCUCUUGCAGGAAUUUGGAGACUUGUUUGCUGAGGAUGUUCCAAAUGGAUUGCCACCAAUUCGUGGGAUUGAACACCAAAUUGACUUUAUGCCUGGGGCGUCUAUUCCCAACAAACCAGCCUAUAGAACAAGCCCUGAAGAAACCAAGGAGCUACAAAGGCAAGUUGAAGAGUUACUUGCAAAGGGAUUGGUUCAAGAAAGUAUGAGCCCUUGUGCCGUUCCAGUCUUGUUGGUGCCAAAGAAGGAUGGUUCUUGGAGGAUGUGCGUAGAUUGCCGUGCCAUCAACAAUAUUACGGUAAAGUAUCGUCAUCCCAUUCCCCGACUCGAUGAUAUGCUUGAUGAGUUGAAUGGAGCAAAACUUUUUUCCAAAAUUGAUUUAAAAAGCGGGUAUCACCAAAUUCGCAUGAAAGAAGGUGAUGAGUGGAAAACAGCUUUUAAAACAAAACAUGGUUUAUAUGAAUGGUUAGUAAUGCCUUUUGGCCUAACUAAUGCUCCUAGUACCUUCAUGAGAUUAAUGAACCAUGUUUUGCUUGUUUUCCUUGGGUAUGUGGUGAGCUCCCAAGGAGUGGCUGUUGAUGAAGAAAAGGUAAAAGCCAUCCAAGGUUGGCCAACUCCAAAGACUAUAAGUGAAUUUCUAAAAGGACAACACAAAUUAAACAAAAGACAUGCUAGGUGGAUGGAGUUCAUUGAGACAUUUCCUUAUGUCAUCCGAUACAAGAAAGGUAAGGAAAAUGUUGUGGCUGAUGCUUUGUCACGUAGACACUCUCUACUUUCUUCUCUAGAUUUCAAAAUUCUAGGAUUUGAACAAAUCAAGGAAUUAUACCACAAUGACGUUGAUUUUGGUCAGAUUUACCAAGCUUGUGAACAAUGCUCUUUUGAAAAGUUUUUCUUACAUAAUGGUUUUUUGUUCAAAGAAUCAAGACUUUGCAUUCCUAAAUCUUCCUUGCGUGAGCUUUUGGUUAGAGAAGCACAUAGUGGAGGCCUUAUGGGACAUUUUGGGAUCGCAAAAACAUUAUCUACUUUGCAGGAACAUUUCUUUUGGCCAAAAAUGAAGGUGGAUGUUGGAAGAAUUUGCAAUAAUUGUAUUGUGUGCAAGCAAGCCAAAUCCAAGGUUCAACAUCAUGGUUUAUAUACUCCACUUCCAAUACCAUGUGAACCAUGGGUUGAUAUUUCAAUGGACUUCGUGUUGGGUCUACCAAGAUCCAAAAGUGGAAAGGACUCUAUUUUUGUGAUUGUUGAUAGGUUUUCUAAAAUGGCUCAUUUUAUUGCAUGCAAUAAAACUAAUGAUGCAUCUCACAUUGCUGAUUUGUUUUUUAGAGAAAUUGUCAGGUUGCAUGGAAUGCCAAAAACCAUUGUCUCAGAUCGGGAUUCUAAGUUUUUGAGUUAUUUUUGGAAAACUUUGUGGGCAAAAUUAGGGACAAAACUCUUGUUUUCAACAACUUGCCACCCACAAACGGAUGGUCAAACAGAAGUGGUGAAUAGGACCUUGUCCACCUUGUUGAGGGCUUUAAUAAAGAAGAACAUCAAAACAUGGGAGGACUGUUUGCCACAUGUUGAGUUUGCAUACAAUCGUGCCACUCAUUCUGCUACAAAAAUGUCACCAUUUGAAAUUGUAUACGGUUUUAAUCCUUUGACUCCUUUGGAUUUAUCACCUUUGCCUUUUUCUGAGCAGGUUAACUUAGAUGGAAACAAAAAGGCUGAAUUUGUGAAACAGAUACAUGAGAAAGCAAGACUAAAUAUAGAAAGAAGAACGGAGCAAUAUUCAAAACAAGCGAAUAAAGGGCGACGCAAGAUGAUUUUUGAACCGGGUGAUUGGGUUUGGUUACAUAUGAGAAAAGAACGAUUUCCAGCCCAACGACGUUCAAAAUUGCUUCCAAGAGGGGACGGUCCUUUCCAAGUUUUAGAGCGUAUCAAUGACAAUGCAUACAAAUUGGACCUGCCGGGUGAGUAUAAUGUUAGUGCAACUUUCAAUGUAACUGAUCUAGCUCCUUUUGAUGUAGGUUCUGAUUUGAGGACAAAUCCUUUUCAAGAGGAGGGGAAUGAUGCAAACCCACAGCUGUCAACAAAGGAUCCAAAUCAAAUGCCAGAUGGACCAGUUACGAGGGCACGAGCUAAAACAUUCAAAGAGGCUUUAAAUGGAUUGGUUAGAGAAGUUUGUACUCAAGAAAGUGUAUGGAGACCCAUUGGACCCAAUCAAAGUUGGAUUACCAUAAUUCAAGUCCAAGAGUGAUUUACAAGAUAC